UGUUGACAGUUUUUCCUGUGAUUAGUGGAAAGGAUAGUUUCUUCCUAACUUGAUUCAGCAAUUUCACAUUUAAUUCAAUUUAAAGCAGGAGGUUAAUUCCGAAAACAAUCAAAAAUGGAUCCAGCUCUAUUACGAGAACGGGAGGCGUUCAAAAAACGGGCGAUUGCUACGCCAACCGUGGAGAAAAAGAACCGACCUGAGCCCAUGAAGGAACCUCCCAAACCUAAAGCACGUCCUGUCAACAAAAUAGACAGCUCCAAUUACAAGUCAAUGACAGGAAGCUCCCAAUACAGAUUUGGUGUACUCGCUAAAAUCGUGAAACAUAUGAAAAAUCGCCACCAGGACGGUGACGAUCAUCCGUUAACAAUUGAAGAUAUUUUAGAUGAAACAAAUCAGUUAGACAUUGGAACUUCCGUUAAAACUUGGCUGCAAACCGAAGCCCUGCAAAAUAAUCCGAAAAUCGAAGUAUCGCCCGAUGGAUCCAGAUUCGCAUUCAAACCGGUCUACAAAAUAAAAGAUGGCAAAAGCUUAUUGCGAUUGUUGAAACAGCAAGACUUAAAGGGAUUGGGCGGUGUCCUGUUGGAAGAAGUACAAGAGUCACUUCCUCACUGCGAAAAGGCGCUCAAAAAUCGUGCCAAUGAAAUUGUUUACAUAACACGACCUAUCGAUAAGAAGAAAGUCUUGUUCUACAACGAUCGAUCAGCUAAUUUAACGGUGGACGAAGAAUUUCAAAAAUUAUGGAGAUCAGUUGCUGUGGAUGCAAUGGAUGAUGGAAAGAUUGAUGAGUAUUUGGAGAAGCAAGGGAUUCGAUCAAUGCAAGAUCAUGGCCCUAAGAAGCCUUUAAUACCGAAACGAAAGAAACCUCAGCAAAAGAAACGGCAAUUCAAGAAGCCCAGAGACAACGAACAUUUGACUGACAUUUUGGAAGUAUACGAAGACAAUACGAUAACGCAGGAGGGUGCCAAAAUCGCACCGACUAGUUCGUAAUGGUUGUUAUGUAUUUCUGGAGCUUUGUUAGCCGCAUCUGAAGAUACAACUGCAGUUGGUUGUAGAAAAAACGUUUAAUUAAAAAAUCUUAAACAAAUGUCAGCACCUGUAGAGUAAUAUUUGCAUUUUCUAAGAAAUAAAAUUGAGCAUUGAACUAUAA